AUGGCCAUGUCCGCCUUCAGCAUCGACACAUCCUCCUCCGCAAGCUUCCGAGUCAAACCCACCGACCUUGCCAGCGCCAUAUCAACGGACCCCCCAACACGAAUUCCCCUCCGUCUUCGCGACAUCUGGCCUCGUUACUCUAUUGGAGAUUACGAGCGUCCGGGUGCUCAAGCCGUAUCUGGAGCCUGGCCAGCUGUCUGUAGGGGUGACUAUCCACGUCUCACACACCGCCCCCACGCCUGGCGAUGCCUUGGUGAGUGCUGA